AUGGCUGGCCCCUCCAGCUUCCCUCCCCAACGCCUCCCCAAUGCCCUCGAGCUCAACUUGGGCCCCAUCAUCCCCCCUGCUACCGUCCCCGGUGGGGACACAUUCGGCUCCUUCAGCCUUCCGGCUCACCCGCACGAGAUCUCUGGCGUUUCGGAUUACUCGCAAUCAACAGAGACAUCGUCGCCAGACCCCACAAAGUCGACAAUCGCGGCCAAACACCUCGAGGGACAUCACCUCCCGGUGGAGUUCCUCACGCGGUAUACGCUCGCCGAUGAGCUCGGGUCGGGCGGGUUUGGGUUUGUCUGCUCGGCCACCAUGACCGGAAGCGGCAAUGAGAGGGGCAGGGAGGUGGCAGUCAAGUUCAUCUUCAAGGAGAGGCUAGAGAACACCAAGGAUGCUCUGGUUGAUCGGGAACCGAUGGAGAGUUGGGCGUUGAGGCAGUGCAAUCACCCAAACAUCAUUGCUUGGGUGGAUCUGUUCGAGGAUCAGAGGUUCUUCAUACUGGUCCAAGAGCUGCAUGGUGACCCCUGGUCAGAAGAUCACACUUUACAAGCACCCCAUCCAGUCCCCGAACCACACACCGACCCUGGGCGUCGGCUGUCCCUCCUACAAACUCCCGCACACCGCUCCCCCUCCCCGCUCGUCUCUCCCAUCUCCCCACUCCAGCCCUUCAGUUCUAGCCCUAACGAUUUCGCCUCGACACACCCGGACGGCUCGAUCUCGCGCCCCAGGAUGGGCAGGCGGGCGAGCCACGAUCUCUUUGAGGCGGUGGAGAGUGUGCGCUUCACGGAAGAGGAAGCCAAGUGGAUAUUCAGCCAGAUUGUGUCUGCUGUAUCGUACCUGCACCGGAGGGGAAUGUACCACCGGGACUUGAAGGACGAGAACAUCGUGAUUGACCGAUACCUCAACGUCAAGAUCAUCGACUUUGGCUCGGCAGUCAAGGAAAACACCCUCCUCGCGCCCAUCUUGUACGGCUCCUUCCGCGGUACCUACUCGUACGCCUCGGCCGAAGUCAUCAGUGGCGCAUGGUACCAUGCCGCCCCCUGCGACAUCUGGUCCAUCGGUAUCAUCCUUUCUAUCCUCCUCACCGGCGAGCAGCCCUUCCCCGACAAGACGCUCGCCCUCGCUGGAAAGUUCAAGCUCAAGCGCGCGGUCAGCGAAGGCGCACGGGACCUCCUCGAGAAGAUCUUCCGCCCCGACCCAACCAGGCGGUGGGGGAUCGAGAAGAUUGAAAGGCACAAGUGGCUCCGGAACGUCAAGCGACCGCGGGGCAUUCCGUCCCCGCCCCCUCCGGCCGCGCCGUCUACUGGGUCCACCUUCGCCACCCAGAACCUUUGGGACCGACCCAGUGGAGGUCUAUCGGGGAGCAUGGCGCCGCCCUCCGCUCCUGCGCCUGGCGCGUACCGGUUCGGUGCGCUUCCACCCCUACCGGAGCAAGCGACAUUGGGUCACGCGGGGCGUCCAUUCAAGCGGGGCUCGCUAUAA